UCUUCGUUCAAGAGUCAAGAGUGAGCCAAGUCAGUUUCUUCUGCACGGAAACAUGGCCAGAAGGUAAGCAAAAUGAGAGAAUUAUGUAAAAACACGUUUACGUUUCCUUUGAAUCGUUUUUCGACACUUCCAGCCAUUUAAAAACUACUUGCACUCAACAUAGAAGUUGUAUUGUGUAAACAUGUUUCCGUGUUGUAAUAUUUCAGUCAGUGAUGCGCGUCUUGCUUGAGGGAAAGCCUCCAUUUUGAUGUUGUUCCUCUUGCACAGAAAUUUUUAAUACUUUCACAGAGUGCUGCUGCAAGCACAGUUGCUUUGUACAAUGGAGAUUUGUCAUGUUUGUGUGUGAACAAGAGAGACGGGGUCUGGUGUUAAUUAGUGGUUACACAAUACAAUAGGACAGUCAAUACAACACACUACAAAAAAGGGAUGACACUCCAAUUUGGUUGGUAAUACUCCAGCUUGAAACAUGCUAAUUUAUACUUUACAUACUUUACUUAAACCCUCACAAUAUAAAUCUGUUUAAAAAAAAACUGUCAUUCUCAUGUCAGAAACAAAUUUUUGUGCGAUUUUACAACAUUUUAUCACAUAAGUUGAAGACACAAGAUCAACAAUGAGGGGGAGUGGUGUUAAUGACUGUCACUCACUUAUUCACAGCUCAUGCAAAUGCACAUGCAGUACACUCAUACAUAUGAUACACCCCCCAUUGCAGCACCUAACCAUGACAGACAGCACCUUUUAAAAUGCUGCAUAGAAGCAUAGCAUAGCAAACACAACAUUGUAGGCCACAGUCUUCGUACGAUUCAGUAAUCGUCCAAAAUGUUGCCCCGUUUUUCGUCUCAGUUUUGGUACAAUAUUGCGCGUAACAAACAAGUCUGUUUGCCCUUUACUGUAUUGUUCUGUGAAAUGGAGUGCCAAAACAAAGUUAGUGACUCCCUGUGUGCAUUUUUUAAUUGAGUGCAACUGCAAAAUAACACAUUAUGGGGCCCAAAGAAAGUUGUGAGUGGCAGCAAUUUGAUGCAGAAGGUGAGGAACACUAUUGAAUUCAAUCUCACAGGAUGUGCAGGUAGACCAUGUCAACAGUAAGUUCCAUCCAUUCCUCAUUUAGAAUGAUUUCACAUUGUUUUCUGCAUGUAAAACUGUCACUCUCUAAAAUGUAUUUUUGUUAAUAUUUUUGGAUUUACAAUAUUUUCAUGGGAAAAACAGCCUCAGUUUUCAGUUUUUAUCUUGUGGAAGGAAUUAGUAUGGAAAAGCGCCAUGGCACUGUAUUCAUGCAAAGCUAUUCUUUGUAUUUGCUUGACAUUUUGCCGGCUCCUUUUUCUAGUGCUGACAUACGCAUGCAGCGUCAUGUUGGUCAUGAAGCACGUCCUAACAGACAAUGUUUUUAAGUCAUCAGCUUUGUUCCUCAGUCAAGGAGCCAACCAGGAGCUUGCUGAGGUGCUCAAUGAACUUUGGUGUCUGGACAGCAAUCGUCUCAAACCAGGGCUAGAUUAUAUCAUUUCUCUUCAGGGGCGAGCAGGCUACGUGGCCCAGGGCAGUAACUAUGCCAGAGACAGAGCCAGGGCGCCGCUUUUCACGUACGUCAACCAAGACAAGCUGAAGAGCAUCGAGACGUAUUCACAUUUCAUCAACCUGCUGGACAACUACGAGAUGUCAACUGGUGUGUCAGAGACUGUGACCCCUGAGGAGCUACAGGAGAACCAGAAGUUUUUGGACGCUAUUCUGGAGACAGAAGUCAUGAAGUGUGCUCACCGGUAUCUGAUCAAGAAGAGACAGUCGCCGCCAGCCGUGACACAAUUCAAGAAGCAGCUCUACGACAUCUGGUUCCGACUGUACCACCGAGAAAGGAGCGGAGGAGAGGAUUCUUGCGGGUUUGAACAUGUGUUUGUCGGGGAAACCAAGUUUGGGCAGGAGAUUAUGGGUCUACACAACUGGGUGCAGUUCUACCUGCAGGAGAAGCACGGCCACAUAGACUAUAAAGGCUACAAAGCAAGAGACAACAAAGACACUCCCGACCAAGAUGACCACGUCCUUAAUCUGCAGUUCAGCUGGAAGGGUUUGGUGAAGCCCGUCGGUGGUUCCUUCAUCGGCGUGAGUCCUGAGUUCGAGGUCGCUCUCUUCACCAUCAUCUUCCUCUCGUCCACGGAUAAGAUGACAUCAGUGGUGGUCAAUGUGGACGAGUACACGCUGGAGCUGGUGGUCUACCGCCACGGACGCUCCAUCGGUACGUCCUUCCCCAAGCUCCUCAGCAGCAAUAACCAGGAUUUGUAAGAGCGUCAUCGCUGCUGUCGUUAGACAGUUGUUAUAGGGGACCUAUUGUACUAAUAUUCGGGCCUUUGUAUUGAGUUUUGAGUUAUAGAGCAGCUACACAUAACCCGCACAGAAAGCUUCUAGAUCUUCCAGACUCUGCACCUCUUCCUGCAGUGUUUACUUGGGUUUCCUGCCUCCCGCCCAAACGGUGUGUGUAAUUUACUCUAUAGACCCCCAGCCCUCCUCCAUGUACACCUCCUGCCGAGCCCACUCCGUUGUGAUUGGUCGCACUCCCAAGGACUUCUGGAAAUCUGCUGAACCCCUUUUGUCCGAUUACUUACACAAAAUAAACACAGUUAGGACACUGAUAAAUAGUUACUUACAGCUUGCUCUUCUGACUCUUCAACACGACCAAGUAACGUUGGACAGGCGUCGGACUUCAGCAACAGUUUGGCGGAUAGUCCAGCUUCGUAUUGGUCCAGGUUCACAAAACAGUCCCGUGUGAAGUGCCGUUGACAGAUGAGCAUAUUUUUACACAGCGUGCAGAGCUGUUCAAAAUUGCUUUCAGAGCCCACUUCCAAAUGCGCAAACCUCAUUAUCUGACGCAUUGGCAUUGUUUAACACGAGAAUGCAACAUUUACAGGUCAGAAAAGUGGAAAAGCAUAAUAGGUCCCCUUUAAAAGGAUAGCUGCACUUGUUUUGGAAUUUUGCCCAUCAUCCACAAUCCUUGUGUGAAACAUGAACACAUUUCUUUCCCUUUUC